AUGCUCCACCUUAGCGAGUUUUCUGGCCCCGACACGCUUCUGGUCAAGUCCGCCGACGAGGGCUGUUGCUCGGAACCCAGCACCGAAUUGCCCCGGCUGCCCGUCAGGGACGCGGCCGCUGGCUACCCCGGAGGCGACUUCUUGAGCUGGGCUUUGAGCAGCUGCAGCGCCGGGGGGGAUUUAGCCGACUCCUGCUUCCUGGAGGGGCCUGCGCCCACACCCCCUCCCAGCCUCAGCUACAGCGGUAGCUUCUUCAUCCAGGCAGUGCCCGAACACCCGCACGACCCGGAGUCACUCUUCAACCUCAUGUCGGGCAUCCUGGGCCUGGCACCUUUCCCCGGCCCGGAGGUGGCAGCAUCCCGGUCUCCGCUGGACGCUUUUCCCUCGGUCCCCGACGCCUUUCUGGCGGGUCCGCCGGACCUUUACUCCUCGGAUGUGGGCGCUGCCGCCUUCACAGAGGCGUUCUGGGAGGCCUCACCCUCGGCCGGCACCCCUUCGCAGUGCCUGUAUGAGCCUCAGCUCUCCCCACCCGACGUCAAGCCAGGCCGCCGGGCCCCUCCGGCCUCUCCAGCGCUGGACACUGCCUCGGCCUUCAAAGGUCCCUAUGCUCCCUGGGAGCUGCUUUCAGCCGGGGCCCCAGGGAGCUGUGGGUCCCAGGGAGGCUACCAGGCGCCCUCCGAGGCCCGUUUCCCCCCGAUGGGGACCAAGAUUGAAGACCUGCUGUCCAUCAGUUGUCCCGCGGAGCUGCCGAUCGACUCGGCCAACAGACCCUACCCGACGGGGGCCUACGACGCUUUCCCGCUGGCCUUGGGGAACUUGGGGGAGGCGGCCGAGGGCCUCCCGGGGCUCCUGACCCCUCCUAGCGGGGAGGGAGGGAGUAGUGGCGACGGCGGGGAGUUUCUGGCCGGUGCGCAGCCUCAGCUUUCCCCGCUGGGCCUCCGCAGCGCCGCGGUGGACUUCCCGAAACCCCUGGUGGUGGACAUCCCCGUGGAGAGCUGUGUGCGCAGCUUUGCGCGUUCCGACGAGCUCAACCGCCACCUGCGCAUCCACACGGGCCACAAGCCCUUCCAGUGCCGCAUCUGCCUCCGCAACUUCAGCCGCAGCGACCACCUGACCACACACGUGCGCACCCACACAGGCGAGAAGCCCUUCGCCUGCGACGUGUGCGGCCGCCGCUUCGCGCGCAGUGAUGAGAAGAAGCGGCACAGCAAGGUGCACCUCAAGCAGAAGGCGCGAGCAGAGGAGCGGCUCAAGGGCCUUGGCUUUUACUCGCUGGGCCUCUCCUUCGCCGCCCUGUGAGCGAGAAGUAAGUUUGUAGAU